AUAAAGCAAAGUGAAAAGUUCUUUAGAACUUCAGUUCAUCAAGGAACCUUGAAGGAACAAAUCGCUUCUACAAAAUGUCGAAGCGAGCUAUGACCCUUGUGGUCAUCUUCGCCGUUUUGGCGUUGGGAAUUCAAUGGAUGGAAGCGAAAGAACAGCGAAGAAAUUACCUAAAAAAGAUGGCUUCGUUCACCCUGAACAAACCUACGGGAAAUUUUAAAAAGGAUUUUAAACGUUCGUUAGACUCAGAUGCAGAGGAGAACGAAAAUAAUGAAGAUGUUUCGAAAGAGGACUCUUCAGACGGGGAAAGCGAACAUAAAGAGAACGAUCCUACUGAAGACGACUCAAAGAAAGACGAUUCCUCAAACUCGUUGGCACAGGAUGAUAAAGACGCUGGUGAGGGCGAUUCAAAAAAUGAAUCUGAAAAGGAAGAGGAUGAAGCUGCUGAAGGAGAUUCUGAAGAGGAAUCAGAAGAUUCCCCGAACCCGGAAACAGAAGAGGAAACUACUCAAGACGAUUCAGAAGAGGAAUCAGAAGAUUCUCCGAACUCAGAAACCGAAGAAGACGAAGAAGACGAAGAACCUACUGAAGACGACUCAGAAGAGGAUUCAGAAGAUUCUCCGAGCUCAGAAACCGAAGAAGACGAAGAACCUACUGAAGACGACUCAGAAGAGGAAUCAGAAGAUUCUUCGAACUCAGAAACCGAAGAAGACGAAGAACCUACUGAAGACGAUUCAGAACAGGAAUCAGAAGAUUCUCCGGGCUCAGAAACCGAAGAAGCGGAAGAACCUACUGAAGACGACACAGAAGAGGAUUCAGAAGAUUCUCCGAGCUCAGAAACCGAAGAAGACGAAGAACCUACUGAAGACGAUUCAGAAGAAGAAUCAGAAGAUUCUCCUAGCUCAGAAACCGAAGAAGACGAAGAACCUACUGAAGACGAUUCAGAAGAGGAUUCGGAAGAUUCUCCGAGCUCCGAAAUCGAAGAAGACGAAGAACCUACUGAAGACGACUCAGAAGAGGAAUCAGAAGAUUCUCCGGAGUCAGAAACCGAAGAAGACGAACAACCUACUGAAGACGAUUCAGAAGAGGAAUCAGAAGAUUCUCCGAGCUCAGAAACCGAAGAAGACGAAGAACCUACUGAUGGGAAUUCUAAAGAGGAAUCAGAAGAUUCUCCGAGCUCAGAAAGCGACAAAGACGAAUCUACCGUGAAACCCGAGAAGGUCCGGACAAAAAAGCUGUUUGGCUUGGUAAGAAAAGUGUUACACCAUUUUAAGAGAAAGUUGUUUCGGCGCCGAAGAAAAAGACAUCAUCACCGAAGAAAAAGGCAUCAUCACCGAAGAAAGCAUCUCCACAGACUCAGGAAACUCCAAAGACUCAGGAAACUCCAACGACUCAGGAAACUCCAAAGACUCAGGAAACUCCAACGACUCAGGAAACUCCAAAGACUCAGGAAACUCCAAAGACUCAGGAAACUCCAAAGACUCAGGAAACUCCAAAGACUCAGGAAACUCCAACGACUCAGGAAACUCCAAAGACUCAGGGAACUCCACAGGCUCAGGAAACUCCAAAGACUCAGGAAACUCCACAGACUCAGGAAACUCCAACGAGUCAGAAAACUCCAAAGACUCAGGAAACUCCAAAUACUCAGGAAACUUCCAAGACUCGGCAAACUCCGAAUCAGGCGACUGAGGAAACUCAUAGCGAUCUCAUGGCACAGGAGGCGCAAGUUUCUCAAGCAGUUGUGGAGACUCAAACGACUCAGCGCACCCAGUCGGCACAAGGCGUUCAAGGGACUCUGGAUCACGUUAAACAGGCGCCGUAGGAUUUCCAAUCUGAUCUUGGCACGCAGGUUGGCACAUCGACGCAGGCUGCGUAAGAAAUUAAGGCGGCUCAAGAAACGUGGACAGCUGACUACACUCAAGCGGAUCAACAUACAUAGGCAGGUCAGGAGAAUCUUCUGGUUAGUGAGACGCACGCGGCGCCAUAUACGCAUGCUGUUCUGGAAACUCAGGCUGGUCAAAAGACUCAGAAAUGGCAGGAAAGUCAACAUCCAGAGACUCAUCCACCUUUGGAGACUCCGACGACUCAGGCGACUCGGGCGGCUCAGGAGACCCAGGCGACUCGGAAUGGGCAAGAAAGUCAACCUCAAGAGACUCAGGCCCCUUAGGAGACUCCAACGACUCAGGCAACUCAGGCGACUCAGGCGACUCAGGAGACUCAGAAAGGGCAAGAAAGUCAACAUCAGGAGACUCAGGCCCCUUAGGAGACUCGGACGACUCGGACGACUCCGACGACUGAGGCGGCUCCGGCUUCUCCGGCGGCUUAGAAUAAGCAGCCGGCUCAGACGACUCAGGCGGCUCAGGAGACUCAGAUUGAUAAAUAGAAGACUCUGGCGAAGAAGACCAUUCCGUCGAGGAUUCCACACAAUUAUUCUCACAGAGAACGUUAGACCUCGACGGAUUAUUGGACGGAUACGAGUUCAUCGACGAUGUCGUACCACGUUCCAUGUGGAAAGAUGUGGUCAGCGUGUCAGAAUUGGUCAUCGUAGCGGUGCAUUGUGGUUUAGAGGAUCACUUCGAAACAUACCAAAGAGCAAGAAUGGAAUCAGAAUACUGUUCUUCCGUGUGUUUAUCAACCGAAAAUGUGUGUUUCGCCGAAGACGCCGUCUUGGAACCAGAGUUAUAAAACUGAUUAUUCUUCCAAGGGGCUUUGGUGAUUCGGAUUUGUCGAAGUUUAAACCUUCACGUGUUCAUCCAAGUAAAAUGCCAAAAAAUCUCAAGCAUACUCCGUCAAAUUUGCACAGAGCGUUUAGACACGAGUCCCGAAAAAUGGAACCUAUGAUGUUCAGUGAAAUGAUGGCAGCCAUACGGGUUGACAGAGGAAUAGAGUCCGGGAUAAACGGAGUAUUGAAGAGGGUCGUUCGCAAUCUAAAUGGUGUUGCUCUCCGCUGGUCUCUAAAUACCCUGUUUUCAAGCAAAGCGUUACAGCACUUGGCAAGAAAAUCUAAAUGCAAACCGCGCAAUGAUGUAACUUGUUCAUCGGAGAGGGAUUAUCGGACAAUUGAUGGCACCUGUAACAACAUUAUAAAUCCUCUCUUUGGUUCCGCCCCCCGUGCCCUAAACCGUUUGGUUCCUGCAAGAUAUUUUGACUUUGACAAUCUCAACGAUCCCAUCGGGUUCCCAGGUCAAAUUUUCGUCCCAAAUAUCCCUGCGACGUUUAGGGCGACUGAAGGUUUUAUCCGUCGACAACGCCGGCCGUCGAGAAGAAGAUUAACUAAUUCUCACUUACUUAUGCAAUUUGGGCAGUUCCUGGAUCAUGACGUUGGCAUUUCACUGGAGAGCGAGGAUUCUAACAGAUGUGAGCACAUAAACAGGGACAAAACAACACCCGCUGACUUUGCAGUGCCAUGUUACACCAUUCAAAGAUUCGGUCGAUUGAGAGCGCUUCCUUUUAGAAGAUCAGCAAGUGAAUGUCAGAUACGAAAUGGUCGUUAUACCAGACGAGAACAGCUGAAUAGUAUUACGUCAUUUGUUGACGCCUCACAAGUCUAUGGUUCUACAGAUGAAAUCGCAAAACUGUUAAGGGAUAAAAAAAGUGGCAAAGGAUUGUUGGCUAUAACGCCUACAAAAAAUGGCCCAUUGUUACCAAUUGAUAAAUCUGGAGAACUGGAAUUUCCUCUCGAGUUAUGUAGAAAUGAGGCUUUAGGAAAUAAAUGUUUCCUUUCUGGUGAUGUUCGGACGAAUGAACAGCCAGGACUAGCCUCCAUGCACACUUUGUUCGUUCGUGAACACAACAGAAUUGCCCGAGAGUUAAGCAAAAUCAAUCCCAGCUGGAACGACGAAGUGCUUUACCAAGAGGCGAGAAAAAUCGUUGGCGCUGUGUGGCAAAAAAUCGCAUACGUGGACUUCCUUCCAAUAAUCAUUGGAAACACGCUUCCAGUCUACCCAGGCUAUGAUCCCAACGUCAAUGCUGACCUUACAAACGCAUUCUCCACCGCAGCUUUUAGAUUCGGACACACUUUAAUCAGACCAGCAUUUGAUGUCCUCGAUGCAAAUUUCAAUCCCAUCAGGAGCCCUUUGCCAUUACGUGAAAUGUUCUUCAACACAAGUUUCAUAGGAGCUCGAGGUAUAGAACCAAUACUUCUUGGUUUACUGGGUAAUUCAUCAGAAAGAUUUGAUCGAAAACUUGCUAAUGAUCUCCUGGAUCACCUGUUCCAAAGGCCAGGUAGCUCUGAAGCCGGUCUAAAUCUUGCUGCAUUGAACGUUCAACGCGGUAGAGAUCAUGGCUUACCUGGGUACAACGCAUAUCGACGUUUCUGCGGAUUGCGAAAUGCAAGAAGUUUCUUCGCUACAAGAAGAGAAAUCAGAAAUGGAUUUAACAGAAUUCUCUUGCGAAGGCUUUACAAAAGGCCUUCAAACGCAGAUUUGUGGAUUGCUGGAUUAGCGGAAGCCCCGGCUAACGGUGGAAUCGUUGGAGCGACCUUUGGCUGUAUCAUCCGAGAGCAGUUCAGACGAUUAAGAGAUGGGGACAGUUUCUUCUACAGAAGACCCGGUGUAUUCACUGCCAAGCAGUUGUUCGAGAUUGAAAAAGCAACGAUGUCGAGAAUCUAUUGCGAUAAUUUGAAUAAAAUCGUUUCUGUUCAAAGAAAUGCAUUCUUGGCUGGUGGAGGAAACGUUCGUCGUGUUGUAUGUAACAGCAUUCCUGGAAUGGAUUUCGAAGCUUGGAAAGUAAACAUCAUUCCUAAACCUCCACCUGGCUUUGGCAAUCGUCUGGGCAUUUAUAUCAGAAGUGAAGGUGCCAGAGACCAAGGAAGACACGGGCAUGGUCGUGCAAUUAUAUCUGUGAACAACAAAGAUCAUUCAAAACACAAACGUGGUUAUAAUAUUGUUGUUGUCCACGCAAGAAAAGGAACGGUUGAAUCGUCCGUGGCGUUUGAUACCUUCGCUUCCAAGGAGGCGUGUCGUCGCAUGGUGCACUUCCUUAGAAAGAUACAGUCAGAGAGGUUCGUGCUUGUUGCAGUUCAAAGCGAAGGGUCCAGGCGAAUGUCGUGUAACGCCUACCGUGCUUUAGAGAGGCUUGGGGCGAGGAUACCAUUCAUCCGCCGCCUUCAUCACUCAUUUGCACUUCUUGGCUGGUCUGGGCACGGAACUCACGAUGCUGUUACUCAGGCUCAACGCCGAGCCGGUGAGGGACCAAGUAUUAUUGCAAAGGUUGUGCCUUUUACCCAGCUAGCUUGAUUGCAAAAGGAAAGCGAAGAAAUUCUGGGAUGUCAAAAUUAUUAAUGCUUAAUUGUAGUGAGUAGAUCCAGAUUUAUUUCUGAACUUUAUGUUGUGUCAUGAUCGUUGAAUGAAACAUUUGUUAUCAGGUUUAGUUGCUUCAUCACUAACAAGAUAUCGAAAUAAUUAUUUCCAAAUGUUCACCUGAGUACUAUUUUGAUGAGGUUAUUUGUCCUAAAACCCUUUUUCCCUAAAGCAAUUGUUCCUGCAAACUAAAAAUUUCAACACGCCAUUAGCUUGUGGAAAUGCCUUUUGGAACGUUACUAGUUUUCAAGGACCAAUUUGAAAACCUGCAUGAUUUGAAAAAAUAGGUUUCCAUGAUUUUACCGGCCUUUGAUCAUUUCUGCGUUUUUGAUGCUCAUUACCAACCACAGCUGUAACAAUUA